AUGGAUCGAAUAGUCUUUCUAAUUGACAUGGACUGCUUCUACGUCCAGGUAGAGCAAAAAGAGCAGCCGGAUACCAUUGGGAAGCCAUGCGCUGUCGUACAGUACAGUUCCACGGCUGCUUCGUAGGGUUAUAUUAUUUCUUUUUAUCAUUCUCCUGCCAGUCUUAUUGCUGUGAGUUAUGAAGCACGUGCCCUUGGAGUGACUCGGAAUAUGAGGGGCGAUCUAGCUCAGAAACAGUUCCCGGACCUUAUUCUAUUUCGAGUGCCGUCCCGCCGUGGCAAAGCCGACUUGACUAAGUACAGGACUGCUGGAGCCCAAGUCAUCAAGUCCAUCUCCGGGUUUACAGGCCAGAUUGAGCGCGCGAGCAUUGACGAAGCCUACAUUGACGUCACUGGUAUUCUUAUUGAGUAUUUCCGACCAGUAACCAAGUUUUCAUAUUACAGACCUCUUAAACAAAGCGAACAUUGAUGCUCUGCAUACCGAUGUUGCCCUGGACCGCUGUCACUUGGUUGUCGACCCUACGCAUUUUAGUGAUUUGACGGAACUACUGGAGAGAGGAGAUCCUCCACACGCCCCUUGUUUAGGCUUAUUACCAGAACGAAUGGACAUUUUAAAUCGCUUUACUGAUGGAGCCAAGCUAAAAGCCGCUCUCGAACUGGCCCAGACGAUUAAAGAUGCAAUUUUGAGGGACACCUCGUACCGGUGUUCGAUUGGUGUGGCUGCAAACAGGGUGAGUUUAAUAAGUGCUGCGGACAAGUCUCCUGAUCUUCUUUGAAAAAGGUGGGCCUUAAAUACUCUUCAAACUUGCUCGCCUCUUUGAAAUCCAUCCUGCAGUGUAUUCCUACUUUUUUUAGUCCUGGGUCCGACGCAAUUAGCAAAUGGUGUGCGUCCGCUUCUAUCUUUUUCUCGUGUUUUAGCUCGAAAAUUGGAGUUGCAUUCUUUUGCCAAACGCAGUGUGUUCCAUCGCCUAAAGCGACUUUCUGUAACUGUAAACAUUUGCAGUACCCAAAGGAUCAUUUUAACCGAAAUUGGCACUCUGUUUAAUUUUGCCUGGACUUAUCUGCAGUCGCAACUGUACAAAAAUCCUUUACAACUUAGAAGCAAGCCAACACGUAUGGUUCAUCACUUAAUUAUUAGACACUUGAGGAAUUUCUAAACGUCUGCCCACUGCACUAGUUGCACAUUGUAGGACAUGAGUCUGAAUCAUAAUUAUUGCAAAGUUUGUAGAAAUUUGUCAAGUAUUGUGCAAAUACGCUGUCGCAAAGGCGAAAUAAACGGUCGACUUGAUGCCUGUUAUUUGAGAGGGCUGUUUGAAGCCACAAUACCGCUGAAGUUUUUGUAAGUAAUCUCACAGCUUUACUCACCUGUCCUUUGCAGAUGCUUGCGAAAAUUGCAUGCUCGUUGAAUAAGCCAAAUAAAAUCACCGUUGUACCCUCGGAAUCUGCCCAACACCUCCUGAAUUUCACCCCUAUAAAAAAGGUGUAAGUUUAUACUCACUAGUCAUUUGGUUUAAUGAUGACUUGAAACCGACAGUUCCUCACUUUGUGCAAGCCUCGUCUUUCCGGGUAACUUAGAGGCAAGGGUGGAAACUUGACGAUCGCGUAAGACCUGUACUAUAGCUACUGAGACUUUCACGAAGCGUCACUUGUGGCCCAAAUAUGAUGACCUAAAUUCCUAAUCCUCUCGCGGGGCUCUGAUUUGUUGGCUAUCAGUAGUAGAGUGUCCGAUAUCGACUUCUGAAGCCCAGCAUUCUAGUACCCGUAAUAUAUCCGACUUUCAAAUUGAGGAGCGAGAGAAACUUCGCGAGAUAAAGCAGGUUGCUUCGUAUUAUGAGAGAGAUUUCACAGUUACUGCCGUCUUUGAGCCCCACCGAGACGCCGUCUACGUCCAUGCUGUCUGAAUAGCCAGCCAUGGUCCCAUGGUUCUUCAGAGUGAUUCUCCUUCUUCCGUAACCGUUUUCAGCAAAAAAGACAUCGUGACAUGCAAAAGAAGCAUUUUUGUCGACACAUCUUGUGCGUACGGUGUUUUUCAGCCUUAAGUGUUCGGCUCCACACGCGCUGAGCAGCUCAUUUGGGUGUGAGACUUCAGCUAGUUAUUCCACGCUAAGCGUACCAGUAAGCAUAAUCCGACGAAAUUGUCUGCGCUGGGGCCUAUUCUAUCACCAGAGCUCCUUCAUACCUCACUACGGAUGUCGCAUCGAAAAAUCACUGCUUCAUCCUGCAAACGGUCCCGAUUCGCCAGUUAGGGAGGUGAUCGGCUUUAUGUUGCACUUAAUGCCGCUACCAAAGUGAAGGCACAAACACUUAAUUCGCAGAAUGUCUCAGGGGUCAGGCUAUGCAUUUAAACGGCCGCGGACACCAGAUAUUUCCCAGUAGUCGAAAUCCGCAUAACAGAGGACCCAGGGUUGGUCGGUAGUUGGCAACAUUGCACACGGACAAAAGGAUCUCAAAAUAUUUGUGUCCCUCUAACUUCAUUGGAUAUGCUCAUCAGCAGUAAGAGUCACUGUAUUUAGAAAAACUUUUCAGAUUUUUGUGAUACUUUCUUUCUCAGGCCCAGUCUUGGGGGAAAGUUAGGAGACGAUGUUUCCAAACGCUUCGGCUUGAAAUUCUUCGGGGUUAUGAGUGAACUUCCGCGUGACGUUCUGGUCGAGGAGUAUGGCGAGAAGACUGGGUAUGUGCUCGCUCAGCCGUGCCUGUACUUAAUUCCGCCGCCUGCAGCCAACCUUCAGAUGUUUGCACGUUUCACGUCAAGUCCAUAACCUAGAACUCCCCGUCUUGUAAGGCAAGGUAACGGCUGUUUGUAAAACCGUGUAGCAGUUUUACACUCAAAUGCCUUGCGUAGUACAAAUGAUAUAGUCAUUUAGUAAAAGCCGUUUAGAAGUCUAACUCGCAGUUUUAUUCUAUAUGCAUCUUUUGGUUAUCCUAUUUCAAACUGACCGCCGUCACCGCUGGCCCAUUUAAAUCUGCUUCCCGGACACUGACUACAUUCCAUGACCGGUCCAUUUAAUUGCUUUUGUCCGGGCCUUAAGUUUAAUCAAGGAAUGCGGUCCUGUUAUUUUGACAUCAUCUCUCAGGAGAGUCCGGUUAAAAUAUAUCAAAUGAACGCGUCACCCAGGUAACUGGUUCACCUCCACUUUAAGUGUUGCACAUCCACGGUAUAGAAGUAGGGUGCUCCAUCCUGCGGCACAUAUGUGGCGACUGACUUUGUCACAGACAUGGAAUGCCGUUUCAACGGAAGUCAACACGUCAGCAAAUCCAUAGGGCUUCACAACUGCUUUUAUUUACUCACCAAUGGCAGUCCUUCUGUUGCAAGUUGCGAAGCAACUGCGCGUUGUAGACGUGCUUGUGAAGUCUUGUACACUAUUGACGAAACAUUGAAAUAUUAGGGUGCGUUUCGAAGUGGCUAUCUGAACUUCCAAGAGAUUCUACAACCUCAAACACUGCUCCUUCACUGAUUCCAGACUUCCCAGAUCAGUUGCUGCCAGUAACCGAACAGUUUCGCUUAACGUUUCCGUCCAUCCUCUUAGUGGAUAGGUAUCACCUUUCUCGAUUGAGUGCCGAGGUGGUUUCCCAUGGUCCUUACUACCUUGAACUUGAGAAGCCAGGGCAUGCAGUGAACAUAGGCUCCUAGCAACUUUCGUGCUACCUUUUUGAUCUGAGCGCAUGGUCUGUAGACUUUGCUCUCUGGUACUGGCAAGUACCUCCUGUUCAGAAUUUCCUCUUGUAUCUCGGGAUGACUGCUGACGAACAGACUGCACUUUAUUUAUAUUUUGCUUUCCUGAUCUCCACUCGCUGUUGGUUACCUUGACCCGCUUCCGCCUUUUGUCGAUCGGCCAGGUCCUGGCUUUACGAUCUCUGCCGUGGAGUCGAUCGACAACCGGUGAGCGUGCGAACCCUCGUACAGUCAAUUGCCUGUAGCAAGAAUUUCGCUGGGAAGUCAGCCCUGACCCAGACUCCGGAUGUGCAAAGGUGGUUGGUCUCUCUGGCCGGCGAGCUUGUCGAGCGCGUCGCAGUGGACAGGGGUGAGCAUGGCCGGUUGCCAACUAGCUUAACGGUGCACGUGUACUGCGGACGUGAGAAGGGACCAUUACAGACCGGGGUUGCCUUGCCUCCUGCCUUCUCGAGAGCCUUAAUGCCGCUGGUCUUGACAGGCAUAAAACCAAGCACAAAACAGGCGGAAGAAGAAGAAACCAGCCAGGCAGAUUCCGCUGAGAAAAUUGCGAACUUAGCCCUUGCUGCUGUGCAGAAUGUACUAUGUCGCAGUGACGACCAGAUCUGGUUAGUAAACCUUUUGUGGCAGUUGGUUUCCUGCCCAUAUAUUUUUCCUGUCCAUUCUCUCCGCAACUACGUAUCCGCGAAUGCGAGCUUCCAUUGGGUUAUUGGCCACUAUCCCCUAAGCAGAAGUCGCUGGCCGUCAUGGACGAUACUAUCGGCAUCCACAAGGGUGCUGGAUGUAUUCUUGUACUCCUUCUUUUUACGUCCUCAACUCUUGUGGAGUGGGAAGAAAAGUUAAUUGUAACCCGCACCGUCCUUGCGGUGCACAUUCAGCCGGUAAAAUUUGCAUGCCACUUUCGGGAGCACGCGAUCCGCAUUUUACCAGAUAAACUACUUUGGCUUAUCCACGGAUAAUCCGCCUAAGGUACACUUACGACCAUCCGUUUGUGCGCUCUGUUCCAGAAGUUUCGGGAAGUUUUAAAUGACCAGUCGGAACAGUAAACUAAGCUGAGCCGUUAAUCAUUUCUGUACUUUUAAUCUGGAUUCGUGGUUUAUCUGCCUUUAGUAUUUCAACAAUAACCUCCAGCAGUAAUCUUUUAUUGCCUUUUUAUCUUCUAAAGUGACCGGCCGAUAGUGGGUCUGGGAUUAACUGCCGGAAAAUUCCGCCCUGAUAGCGCGCAAAAUUGCAGAGACGUUCAGGAACUACUGUUAACACAGACAAACAAACAUCACACGCAGGCUACUCGAGGAGGGGACCCGGACACACGGGAGGAUAGUGAAAUCGCACCAUCCACGAAGACAGUUUCUUUCUUUCGCCAGUUCAUACAAGUUCCCACAAGCUGCUCGGACGAAAAGCCGACGGUCCACACGGUACCUGGGUUGGCGAAUGAAAAACCUACGUCAUCACCUCCGACCGCUGGUUCAAAUAGCCAUAAAACUGAGUCAUUCUUUCGGCGUUUCAUAAAUACAAGUGAAACAACUAGCACCUCGGAGACAAAGGAUACGGGUUUGGCUGGUUCUACAUCCUUCGCCAAUAAACCUGAGCAGUCGUCCGGGGGAGACCGUUCUUUCUUUAGUCGAUUUGUGGACGGUGGGGAGGGUUCCGGAGUGCGAAGCAAAGCACAGGCAAGCGGAACUCGCCCGAAAGAUGGAGAAAGCGUGGUCGGUGGAGAUGCCGCAUCCAUCUCGGGCGAGACCGACAUCCCUUUUCCCCGCGUUGAUUUCGAAAAUACAAUUAUCUGCGAAGAGUGUGGGACGCGCGUCCUCAUCCACAUGAUGCCCGAGCACACAGAUUUUCACUUCGCUCGCCGCCUGCAGCAGGAGUGGAACAGAGAAGAGCAGGCUACUGCAGCCAGGACCGCCCCGCCUCCCAAAAGGACGCCGCCUCCAUCUCAUGGGACUCGGGGUGGACGAGGAAAAAGGGGACGACCGAGUGUCAAGCCUCUCCCCAACCUCACCCUGGACAGGUUUUUCCGAAGUCCUGAUAAAGGGCCGUAG